UCUCUGCCCUUAAGCGAGCCUCCCUUCCCCAAGAGUCCUUCCCGAGCGCGACAGGUAUAGGGUUCCCCGCCGCCGCCGCCACUGCCGGCCGAAGCCUCCGCUGCCCCGCCGCCGGUACAGGAGCCCAGCAGCGGCCCCCUCCAUCCGACCAGCAGCGCCUCCCUCCCUGGAGCAGCACGCAGCAGUUGGAACAGGGCAUCAACAUUGUCAGUGGGAGGGGCUUGGGCUGCUUCGGCAUCCACAGUAGAGCAAACAAGAGAACCAGUGAGCGCGAGGUACAGGCUCGCCGAGGGAGAGGCAAAGAGGAGUUGCGGGGAAGAUGCCGCUGUAUGACUGCAUGCUGAUGGUGAAACCGAUGGUGACCAAGGAGGCCAUAGCGGAGCUUGUGGCGCGGGUGGCGGGUCGCGCCUACCAGCGCAACGGCGUUGUCACCGAGCUCAAAUCCUUUGGCAAAGUGCACCUAGGCUACGGCAUCAGGAAGCUUGACGGCCGCCACUUCCAGGGUCAACUUAUACAAAUGACCAUGAUGGUUCCACCUUCCUUUACUAAGGAACUGCACUAUCUAAACAAGGAGGACCGGCUGCUUCGCUGGUUGGUAGUGAAGCACAGGGAUGCGGUGUAUGGUCUGGAGUUCAUCAACGAGGAUGAUGGGAGGUAUGAGAUGGACAGCUUCGGCCGUAACACUGCUAGUACUCAAGAUGAUGAUGAUGUUGAUGAAUAUGAUGAUGACGACGACGAUGAUGACGAGUACCAGGCCGAGGAAGAGUAGAUUGGUGGGUGUCUCAAGAUAUCUGCACUUCCAGAUGUGCUCCCUUGCAAGCAGUAUGUGUUGUCUUCCCAUAUUGUUGGCUGGAAAGUAAGUAGGGCAAGAAGUAGAAGAAUUGAACCUGGCUGUUUUUGAAAAGAAGCUGGCGCAACUGAAAGCUGAUUUUGCAUGUUUUUCCCCAUGCAUGUAAGCUUCCAAUAAGGAACCAACCCAUGAUCUUAUUGGUGCAUUUACAUCACUAGGUUUAUGAUGUGGUGCUUAUUUGCUUUGUCAGAAUCUAUUGUGGAAGAGAUUUGCAAAACAUGGAAAACGUCGCAUACUCCUUCGUACAACAGCACUGGGCUGGUUGCAGUUUUUCAUCAAUAUAGUAUGUACAGAGUGUUAAACUCCCAAAAGCACACAAAGGUACAGAACUGCUCCCUCUGUAACUUAAUAUAAGACAUUUUUUUGACA